AAUUGUUUGUUUUCAUUUUAAUUUUAGUGAUUCCUUUUGUCUAAAUUAACUUAUUGCUGGUUUAAUUGAACGUUUACUGUGAUUCCAAAUUAAAUUUAACGAAUUUAUCAAUCGUUCUAUCAACGAUUUUUUUCUUGAUGCGAAAAAAAUGCUUCAGCGAUCACAAUCACUCAAUUUAUAUGAUGGUUCUACUGGAGAAGCAAAAUCACUAACGGAUGAGCUUGAAAGAACCAAGGAAAAGCUUCGUAAACCAUGUGAAAUGUGCUCAAACUAUGAGAUGCAAUUACAGUCGAUGCAAAAAAAUGAAUCUGAUUUAUUGAAACAAUUGGCUGACAGUGAGGGAGUUAUUAAAAGUCGUAAAGAUGAUUUAAGGAGAGAGGAAGCAUUUCGAACGGAAUUGGAGGAGAAAUUUGCCGAAGAAGCGAAAGAAAUUGAGACUCAAAUUAACACUCUUAAGGAGAGAUUUGACUCUUCAGCCAAAGAAUUAGCUGAAAUUAGAAAUAUUUUAACCAACUAUUACGCGGAAGCAAGUGAGAAAAUCAUCAGUCUAACUAGUAGCAAAGAGGAAAUGAAUCGUCAUAUCCAAAAACUUGCUGCUGAAAAUGAAUUGCUACUUGGAAAACAUAUUGCCAAAAGUGACGAGCUUCAGUCUGAGAUAAUAGAUUUACCUCAGAAAAUGGAUGAUAUGCAAUUCUAUUGUCUUAAAUUACGUGAAGACCUGAUAACGGCUCUGGUUGCUAAAGAAAGAAAAGAAGAAACUUAUCGAAGUGAAAUUCUUUUCCUUAAAGAACAAAAUAGAUCCGAACAACAAUCAAAGGAAACAAUGAUUCAAGAAUUAACUGAGGAUAAUGAUCGAUUGCGAACAAGCCUAGAAUUAAUUGGUAAUAAAUAUAAGAAAUUAAAAGAGCAACAUGCAGAUACUUCUAGUAAAUUAAACGAUGAUGAAACUCUAUUAAAGGAGAAUACACGUAUUAUAAUUAACCUUGAACAAGAAGUUCUAGAGCUCAAUGGUCUUAAGAUAAAAUUGGAAGAAGAAAAUUUAACCUUGAAAAGUAAAGUUCAAAGUCUUCAAAAUGAUCUUCAUAAUAGUGAACAAGUUCAAAAAGAUUUCGUCAAGUUAUCCCAAUCACUUCAGAUUCAAUUAGAGAAAAUUAGACAAGCCGAUACAGAGGUUAGAUGGCAACAUGAAGAAGAUAUUAAUGAAUGUAAUAAUUGUAAGAAACUUUUCCAUUCACGUAAAGAAAAGCAUCAUUGUUCUCACUGUGGUAAAAUAUUUUGCUUCGACUGUAAUAGUAAAACAAUCUAUGGUGGACCAAAGAAUCGUAGUUUUAAAGUUUGUAACGUUUGUCACACUCUUCUGGACAGAGAAACUGCUCCUUAUUUCAGUAACGAACCACCUCAAAGUCCAACCUGAAAGGAAUUACAAUUUAAAAUCGUUGAGAUUAUCAAUUAAGAUUUCGCCAUUCAAGUCAUCGUCUAAUUCAUCAUCUUCAUGAAACAUUUUACUUCCAAUUAAUUGUCAAUUUUUACCCAUAGAUUUAAAAAUCACCUGGAGAAAGAGACAAAAAAAGAAAAGUUCCAACAAUCAUCUUAAUUAAUCUUUGUCCUGAAUUUAAUCAACAUUUCUUGAUGGUGAUUAUUUCUAUUCUAAGUCAACCUUAAUUGCUUGUAAAGGUGAAAAUCUUCAAUUGUAAAGUUCUAUGCUCAUUAAGCAUCUUCUUCCUCUUCCUCUCUCUUUCCUUCUGUCUCUCUGGACGAAAUUCGUUUUUUAUAUCCAUUGAAAACCUCUAAUCAUCAUCUUCUCAUCAAGAGUAAUCAUCUAUCAAUGAGUCAUAUCUACGGAAUCAACUUCUGUCUACAAUCAAGAAAAACACUAGAGACUUUGACUAUCCCCUUACAAGCAAAGUUGACAAUUUUAAUUUGUUCAGAUUAAUUCCUCUUCUUUUAAUCCUCAAUUUCUUAUCCAAUAUUUCCAGUCAACUAAAACAAUUAACCCUCUCAAUUAACAUUUAUCAUCUUCAGUCAAGCAAUUCCAUUGAUUAUCGAGAGAAAGGUAAUCAUGAUUUAAUUUUUUGACCUGCGUUUCCAUCAAAUCAUCAAAAAACAAAUCAUCCACCAUAUAACAAUAUAUAGAUUAUAUAUUUAUGAUUGUUGAUUUAAUUGUCCAAGUUUUAUUUAUUCCAUAAUAUUAAUUUGAUGUAAAACCAACUCCAAAUGAAAAAGGUUCCUCUUAAUCCUAAAUUGUAGGAAAAGCAAUUUAUUAAUCGUCUUAAUAUCAAUGAGAUGGUUAAUCCAAUUAAAAUCAAUUGUAAAUCAAUGAAAAA